UGGCAACAAUGUCUAGAACUUGUGGCUAAUGGCGUAAACUAUGAGGUGCAGACAUAAAUAAUCAGUACAUUUUUUGAUUUUUACUUAAUUUUCCGUUUAUUUGACACGUUAAACUACAUUAAUGAUUGUUAAUAAUAAUUAAAUCGUCUAGAAAUUACUAUUGAUGUUCUCGACAUGUCUAAAAACAAGAUAGUGCGAUCGUGUGACACCAAAAUCGAAGUUAAAAGUAAAUUUGAUGCCGAGUUCAGAAGAUUCAACGUAGAAAGGAAUUCCCAAAUCAAAUUCGAAGAAUUCCGAUUGCUUCUAGAGAGCUUGCACGCCUUAAAAGACACCCCAUUUCUAGUUUCUUACGUAGACCCGAGCGAUCAGGAUUUACUCCCCAUCAACAACGAUGACAAUCUCAGAAGGGCCCUUUUCAACGCCAAACCAUUACUGAGAAUCAUCGUACAGAGAAAAGGCAACAGCUUAGAGGAGUUGAAUGGCUACGGCACGCUCAAACCUAGAAACUUAAUUUCCACAAUACUAGGAGGCACUCCGGCCAAAACUAAAGCCCCUCCAAUAUCAAACCCGCACGAUUUCAGGCAAGUCUCGGCCAUCAUAGACGUCGACAUUGUACCGGAAACUUGCAGAAGAGUCAGAUUGCUCAAACACGGAUCCGAUAAACCACUCGGGUUUUACAUAAGAGACGGAACGAGCGUCAAAGUUACACAGAAUGGUCUGGAAAAAAUCCCCGGUAUAUUCAUCUCGCGUCUAGUACCCGGAGGUCUGGCCGAAUCCACCGGCUUGUUGGCAGUCAACGACGAAGUGCUGGAAGUGAAUGGCAUAGAAGUGGCCGGCAAAACUUUAGAUCAAGUCACCGACAUGAUGGUAGCUAAUAGUUCGAAUCUUAUUGUAACGGUGAAGCCGGCCAAUCAAAGAACAGUCGGGCCCCCGCGAAGGGGCAGCUUUGGAAGGAGUUCGCACAUGUCUAGUGGCUCUCACCAAUCUAAUACUACAGCUGGUUCGGAUCCGGAGGAUAAAUACGAUCAGGAUGAGAUUGUUGAUCUUACAGGUGGUUUGAACUUGGAAGAAUCGCAGCAAAUUUCAAAAGACGAUGGUAUACUUCACCUUUAAUUAUUAUUUUUUUUUUUAUUAUUGCAAGACUUUUUAACGGAGAUGGCAGAUUGUUAUGCACAGGUGCAAAUAAUAGCUGUGAAAAGUCAUUUGCACGAGUUUAUUAUAGCCCAUUUGCACCCCGUUUUGAGACCGUUUUUGCAUCAUGAUGAGAAAAUUUUUAUCAAAUUUUCUAAUAAAAAAUCGUCUGCAAUGAUUAAUUGCAUAAGAUUAACUCUUUUCAAAUCAACAAAUUGCCAGUAUAUUAUACAAAUUACGAAAAUAUUUAUCUCUCAAAGCGGGUGCAAUCGUUAAACUCGGUACAAUAGUGCAUUAUUUAUUGCACCUGGUGCAUAUACCAUCUCUGCUUUAUAACAUUACAUUCCGCAAAAUAUGGUAAUUACCUUACAUAACUAUUUAUGAUUAACCAAGAGACUUGGUAUUUUUAUAUCAGUAUUUUUACAAAGCGUAUCCGUCCCAAGAUGUGCCUCUUCUCAUUUUUUAUCGUCUAGGAACUUUCUCGAAUGAAUUUUACAAAAUCUUGGAAAUCAGAAACAUUCCUUUAUUUGCAGUAUUAACUGUUAAUUGGUGACUUUUUUAAUGGCCGUCCGAUGGUUAUUGUUACUUCGUUUUAUGUAUUUAUUGGUUUCGAGCAAUUCCCAAAAAUUUUAAAAUUGAUGUGCCUUAAACCAUUCCAUCUUUAUGAAUGCCCUAGUAUUAGGAGGGAGUAAUUAGGAUGUUUAAAAUUGAUAUUUGUAUUAUUAAUGAAGUCCCUUAAUUAACAUCUUUGCACUGUGUUAAAUUGCAGAUAUCAAAUAGCUACAUUUGGCCCCAACUUUUUUUAAUACAUAUAUUAUAUUAAGUUUAGUUAGUAUUUUAUAUUAUUGUUAUAUUAUUAUGAUGUGAUGUGAGUAUUGUUGAGAGUGUAAAUUUUAUGAAAAAGCUUGUUCCGAAACGAUACGAGUUUUGUAUUUACGCAGGGUAGUAUUGCAUAUCAGAGAUCAGAAACGUUUCGGUGUUUAAUCAUCAUGAACAACUUAAUUAUGAUUUCUGAUUUAUCGGUAUUGUUUUGUACUUAAUUAGUUUGAUUAUUCGCAGCUGAUUUAUUUUAUCCGAAAUAAACUACAUACUUUCGUAUGAUUAUUAUAUAUUUAUAACAUUUUGUAAACAUUGUUAUUUUUACUCAUUUUUACAUUUUUAAAAGUAAUUUCGAUUUGGUAAGAUUUAUCUUGUGUUUACGUUAAUCUGAACCAGUAAUGCAAAUAUUCAAUAAAAG